GCAGCGGCGGCGCCGGCGCGCGCGGUGGCAGCGGGAGGCAGGACCUGGACCCGGGCCGCGGGCUGGACUCGGGGAUCGCAGUCACUUCCUGCGGCGGGGCCUCGCGGGCUGGGCGGGGAGCCCCGCGGGGAGUGGCCGCCGCUCGCCCCUCCUCCGGCUGGGGUGGUCGCGGCCGCUCGCUUUCCGCCCCGCUCUCGCCGCGCGCUGCAGCCUCUGUGCGGAUCCCGCCAGCAAUUCGGUAGGACAUGGCCAACGCCGAGCGCACCUUCAUCGCCAUCAAGCCCGACGGCGUGCAGCGCGGCCUGGUGGGCGAGAUCAUCAAGCGCUUCGAGCAGAAGGGGUUCCGCCUCGUGGCCAUGAAGUUCCUGCAGGCCUCUGAGGACCUCCUGAAGCAGCAUUACAUUGACCUCAAGGACCGCCCUUUCUUCCCAGGACUUGUGAAGUACAUGAACUCCGGGCCUGUGGUGGCCAUGGUCUGGGAGGGGCUGAAUGUUGUGAAGACAGGGCGAGUGAUGCUUGGGGAGACCAACCCAGCGGAUUCUAAGCCUGGCACCAUUCGAGGGGACUUCUGCAUUCAGGUUGGCAGGAACAUCAUUCAUGGCAGUGACUCAGUAAAAAGUGCUGAGAAAGAAAUUAGCCUGUGGUUCAAACCCGAAGAACUGGUGAAUUACAAGUCCUGUGCUCAUGACUGGAUCUACGAAUAAGGGUCCGUAGGUCCCUUCUGGCAGGCACCAUGCGACGCUUGGACACGGCCCUUCAUCUUGACGUGGAAGCAGUUGGAUUAAGUUUUUCUUUUCUAAAGAGUAUUUACUAUUAAAGCCUUUGGAAACUGUGCA